UGGAAGAGAAAUACAAAUCUAGCAAUCGAUAUAUUUACCUGAGUUGUGUCAACUUUGUUUAUUCUACUGAGUUUGAAUUAAGAUAUGUGUGUCUAUAAAGAAUCCCAUCUCAAUGUAUGACAUGAGAUUAAUAGAAUGGAUAAUUUAUAUAAUAACUGUUUAACUCCAUUGUGGAUAGUGUUAAUACUGAGUUUAACAAAAUAUAGUAAAGGUAAGCAUAUACGCCUUUGUUUAAGCAUGAUUCACUGUGCAUAACAUGUCAACAGACAAUUGAAUAUUGAAACUUUUCGAGUAUAAACGGUUUGCUCAGCAUACAUACGGAGUACAGAAAUCUUCGACAUCGCCAAACAAUCACAGCCAGAUAAACAAACAAAGCCGACAUAUGCUCGUUUGAAGCAGGCACAUGUGGAUGGAGGAAUGUCCUGAAAGAAGAUGACAUUGAUUGGAGCGUUGGCGAUUGUAGUCAUUUUAUACACACGAAUUUGAACGGAAAUGGAAUUGAAUCUCAACAACAAAAUACGACAGAUAAUUGUGCGUAUAUUGAAUCAUUUGGACCGCACUCGGGCGGACACAGAGCAAUGUUGAGACAAGCAGUGAUGAUCAAGACACCUGUUGUUAUCUCAUUUCAAGCUUUUAUAAACACCGAUGCCGGAAAUUUUAGAGUGUUCCUGCAUACAUCAGAUAAGUAUCAUCUAUUCUGGAAAUCUAAUUAUAUGAAGAGAGACACGUGGGUAUAUCAGCAAAUUAAUGUUUUCGGAAUAGAAUCGCCAUUUUGGGUGACAUUUGAUGCCGAAAGAACGAUCUCCCAAGAUGUCGACCACAAUAAAAUUGCAGUUGAUGAUAUUGCUGUUAAUCAUAUCAACUUUAUUCAAAAUAUACAUUUUGUAGACGGUCCUACACCUAUGUCCGGGCGAGUCGAAGUUUUAAUAAAUAGUCGGUGGGGGACUGUUUGUGUGGACCCAGCCGAUAUUUUCUUUGCGGUGGUUGUUUGCAGAAUGUUAGGAUUUUCUACAAAUAAUGCACAGACACUAAAUUUGACUGUGUACCAGCGUGGCUUUGAGGCACAGCCGAUAUGGUUAAUUGGUGUUACAUGUAAUGGGUUUGAAAGCAGGCUUGAAGAGUGUGGACGUUCGGAUGUUCUAAACGCCUGCACUCAUUCUGAGGAUGUUGGAGUUUCCUGCAAUAAUGAGACAGUCACAACGGCUACAACAGCAACAACGGCUUCUUUACGAGAAGAUAUACUUGGGAGUCAUACGAAUAACAACACUUUCAUUAUUGUAUGUAGUUCGAUAGCUGCAGCAAUUUUCUCUAUCAGUCUCUGUUGCUGUGGAUUUUGUUGGUAUCGUUAUAAAACAUGUUCGAAGGUCACGACAGGACAGCAAAUCAGUGAAACACAAUAUAACGUGGAAACCAAUGCAAACACUAUCAUCACUACAAAUCCCCUGCAGAGUGAUGGAACACAUCCAAAAUCCGACGACCCACCUCCGCCUUAUUCGGAGAUAUGCUUCUUACCCUACAACGAUGGAUACACAAUGCAAGUGCACUACCAACUCUUGUCUGAGCCUCCAUCCUAUGAUUAUGUGAUGGCUUCGCCUCGUAAUUACAACGUGCAUACAUAGAUGAUGAAUUCAAGUGGCCUUCGGAAUGGUUUGAAAUAUCGGAGAUAUCAAUAUUUUCCAUUACCUUUAUACUGGUAUGUUUGUAUAUAAAACAGAACACUAGAAUUUGGAGUGAAGUUUUACUUUAUGAACUCGUUCUUUAGUAAAUCGAUAGUAUUUAGUGUUAACUAUGUUGUAAUAUCAUCGUUAUAUUUCUGUUCAAUACGUUUCAGAAAAAUAUUUAAUUUGUUAUUGAAAUUAUCCUAAUUACUUUAGAGACAUUUUGAUUAUUAUUCAAAUAAAAUGAUGAUUCUUCAUAAAGAACAAAGAUAGAAAAUGAUGAAUGACAUAUUUUUAAAACUUAAAUAAUAAGAAAUGUGAACGAUUCACAGUGUCGGGGGACAGUAGGUGCGCAUACUAUUAUGAUUGUGUAUUCAUACUGGAAGAGAGCUAUUUCGAAAGCACACACAACAACAAAGGUAUGAAAACGAUAGCCUAGGUUUGACUGAGAUUAUUCUUAGACAGAAAUGAGUGCAACACUGUAGACGUUUCGUGAUAAUGUCUUAAGUAUUCGUUUUCAAGAGAUGUUGGGGCGUAUUUCAGUAUCCCGAAUGACCAAAAAUUAAAUUACUACAAACAUUUUUACAAAAUUAUAAUAAGAGUCGAUUUCAUAGCAUUUGGGGAACGGUUUUUGAUCCUAAUAUAGAAAACAAAACAGCAAGAUAAGAGCAAACAUAAAUUUUUGUUAAUGAUGAGAAAAUCUUUAUUAAGUUGUAAUUUGUUGUUAAAAAGUUAUUUUCAAAACAAUCCCAUCAUGAAUACACAAAGAGCAAGCCAUAGAUUGCGCAUUUUGAAAAUAAAGUGAUUUCGUGCCAACUGAUAUUAACUACACAAAUGACACAUGUACAAAUCAUAACAAGUCAUGGUCUUACCCAGUCUUUGCAAAGUUUGACCAGUAUUUAAUCAUUUUAAUAGACAGGUCUGAUUCCCACUGUUUGACCUCAGGCUUAUAUUUCAGACCCAAACCGAAGGUCAACUUAUCACCAUGGUCAGCUCUCGGCAGCCAUAUGGGAGUUGUUGGCAAUACAAUUAAACCUCUCUGCUAUUGCAUUAACCAUGUAUGAUGUAUCGCGAGUACAGUUAAUGAAACUCACAGACCCAUCACCGCUAUCAGAUAUUGACUUUAGAAUAUAUUUCUAUUAUCACUCGGGUACAUGAAUUGAAGAGCAACAUCGUUAUUCGCUCCGAGUUUCCUCAAAAAUAUCCUAUGUUGUCAAUUGGUAUUGUAUUUUAGUGCAAUAUUUAUGUGUAAAACUGGAAAUUAUAACGACAUUAAAUGUAAGUGCGGGGCGACUUAUAACAGCUUCAACACGGCACUCACAAAACUGCUAUUACAUCAAUAUUUAUGUGAAAAACUACAGAAACAAGUUCAGUAGCAGAAAAUUUAAACAUAUGAUUAUUUAAAAACUUAACACUACCGUUCUCAGUUUCUAUAAAACUGGAAAUUAGUCGCUGAUCCCAGAAUCCAAAAUUAGCCGGGCAGUUCUUACCGAUGGUGCGCAAGAAACCCAGCGGCCCGACUCUAGUAUUCAACGUUACUAAGAUGUCUUUACCAUAAUUGACGUGCUCCUCUCCGUAAAUCGUGUCUGCAUAGCCUAAAAUAAAAGCACCUCUCUAUAUAAAGGUUAUUCCAGUGUGUGCCCUGUCGGGAGCGGGGUCUUGUCUAGAGCCCAAAUGUUAUGGUACAGACAAUAUUGGUCCUCUACUCCUACUUCUUCUUCACCCGGAAGAUGAAUUUGUUGACAAAUGUUCUUGCAAGCAAUAUCUCAAACGUGAAUUAUAGCCUGCAAAAUAUUUCCAUCUUUCAUAUUUCAUGUGACUUUGGCUAUGUCUGGAUUAAUAUUACUGUUGGUUGCAAUAGAUCGGUAUCUCGGGAUCUGUCAUCCUGUUAGGGAUCUUGUCGUUGACAUAUAUGUUACCAAAGGGAUAUCCGCAAUUUCAGUGAUUUUGGUCUUGUUCAACUUGCCAUUGUUUGAAUUUUAUGGAGCUGCUCCAAACGACACCGUGUACAAAGAAAGGUACAGUGAUUAAAACAUUUCAAUGUCAUUACAAGGUGAAGUACCAAACUUCAGCCGUGUGAACGUUUUUUGUGUGUUUUGGCCAUGUUAACAUUCCUGUCGGAAGUGAUUGCAAUACAAAAACGUAGCUGUAAUGGCAUAUAUAAGUUGCAAAAGCGUAAGUUCACACACCUCGACAUACGCAAUAAGAAAAAACACUUACUAUAGGUAGAAAUGCAUUCUCUUAAUUGAAAAAAAACGCUUUCCAUUUUCCUUCUCUUUCCUAAUUGAAUGUUUUAAGUCAACCUUUAGUAAUUUUAGAAUGCCAUUAUGUUUUGCUUGCAAUAAUAUGUUUUAUUCCUCGAUAACAGUGAAAUUAAAUAAAUUAUUUUAUUAAUA